UUUUAUCGAUUUAUUAUGGGUUUAGUUGUUUGUAAAGCAGUAACUUGGCAACUGGGAAUGUCGGCUUUCAGCGGAAGGAUCGGAAUCACCUCAAACAUCAAAAGUACUAUGAACUACAAACAACCCAAGCGUACUAUCGCAUCAAUGAAGCAUCACUCCAAAUGUUGUCCACAGUCUCAAAAGAAUUGGGCAAGACGAAACAGUUCGACAAAUGUAAGUUCAGUUAUAACCGAUUUCGAAGACUGCUGUGCUGAUUCGGAUAGCGAAACCCCAAGAAGACUGAUUCGUUCUCAAAGCCCAAAUCCUCAACAUCUAACUGCUUUUAAGAUUAGAUGCGAAUCCCCCAGAUGUGAUGGCAACAAAGCUGUCUUUAAAUUCACGCCAAAGCGGCAGCAGUAUGAACAUUUGUGUCAAGAUUAUUUUGAAACGACGUGCAAGGACGUUGCGUCGAACACCGAUCUAGAUUUGACAAAUUUCCGUGAUCAGAACUACUUCGAGUGUCACGGGGGUUUCUCGAAAGCACCCUCAACCGUUCCAUCUCAUCGUUGCUCACAUAAAUUUACACUGGACGAUAAAUUGAGGUCUAAACCGCAAAAAGUAGAUGAGUACGGUAUUAGCAGAUGCAGCACUUGCUCCAAAGUUAUAUCUACUAGGAGCCUCCAAUACAUUCCACAGUGUUCGGACUCAAAUCAAAGUCUUAAAUUCUUACCUCCUUCCUCUAAGAGUUACAAAUCAUCGGGGACUAAUACAAUGAGCGUAUGUUUGCAAGCCACCGAUGAAGAUUUGAUCUUCGACGUUUGUCAAGAUAUGAUCGAGAACGAGUUUUCCAUGCCGAAGCUGCGCAAGGUGGCGAGAAAACGUGUUCCUCCUGUGGACAGCUUGGCUUUGCGCUUCCAAAAAGGUGUAUAUUAAUCAUGUACUAUUUAUAUUUCUAUAUUUAUUUUUAAAAUAUAUUUUGUUGCUGUUGCACUGAA